CGGCGCUUCGCGGCCAUGGCGGAGCAGGUGGAGGAGGAACUCUCGGCCCUGGCCGCGAUUUUCUGCGGGCAGGACGAGUGGGAGGUGCUGAGCCGCUCAGAGACAGAUGGCACCGUGUUCAGAAUUUACACGAAAGCGGAAGGACUUACGGAUGUGGAUAUACCCUUUGAACUGGUGUUUCAUUUACCUGUCACUUAUCCUUUGUGUCUGCCUGGUGUCUCGGUGAACUCUGAACGCCUGACCAGGGCCCAGUGUGUGACUGUGAAAGAGAAAUUACUUGAGCAAGCAGAGAACCUCUUGUCGGAACCCAUGGUUCAUGAGCUUGUUCUCUGGGUUCAGCAGAAUCUCAAACACAUCCUCAACCAACCAGAAACUGGAAGUGGCAGUGAAAAGUGCACUUUUCCACCAAGCCUAAAUGUGGACGAUGGACUGUGGGUAACUCUUCUGCAUUUGGAUCACAUGAGAGCAAAGACUAAAUAUGUCAAAACUGUGGAGAAGUGGGCUUCAGAUUUAAGGCUGACUGGAAGACUGAUGUUCAUGGGUAAAAUAAUUCUGAUUUUACUACAAGGAGACAGAAACAACAUCAAGGAGUACCUGAUUCUUCAGAAGACGUCCAAAGUAGAUGUGGACUCAAGUGGAAAGAAAUGCAAGGAGAAAAUGAUUAGUGUCCUGUUUGAAACAAAAGUACAGACAGAACACAAAAGGUUCCCGGCAUUUGAAGUCAAGGAGUAUUCAUCGUUGGAUGAGUUACAAAAAGAAUUUGAAACUGCAGGACUUAAGAAGCUAUUCUCCGAAUUUGUACUUGGGCUGGUGAAAUGAAGUGGAAGAUGGGAAUCUUUUAGUAAUGCAGCAGUGUUUUUGUUUUGUUACUUUUUGUUGUUUUUUGUGUUGGAUUUUGAGAGUAGCUAAUUGAAAUACAUGGGAGCAAUUUUGAAGUUUCUGUGAAGCAAAAUGAUAGACACCAUCCUCACUUCAGGAAUAAAAACCAAUUCUGUAUUUUUUUUUUAAACUGAUUUUUAUUUUUUUAACUUUAGAUGAAGGUUUACAGAGCAAACUAGCUUCUCAUUAAGUAAUUAGUAUGCAUGUUGUUUUGUGACAUUGGUCCCAACCCCACCACAUGUCAACACUCUUCUUGACCUUGGGUUGCCUAUUACCAGCUUUCCUGUCCCCUCCUGCCUUCUCAUUCUUGUCCCUGGGCUGGUGUGCCCAUUUAGUCUUGUUUUGUUUUACAGGCCUGUCUAAUCUUUAACUGAAGGGUAAAGCUCAGGAGUGACUUCAUUACUGAGCUAUAAGGAUGUCCGGGGGCCAUACUCUCAGGGUUUCUCUAGUCUUUGUCAGACUGGUAAGUCUGGUGUUUUUUUUUUUUAAUGAGUUAGAAUUUUGUUCUACAUUUUUCUCCAACUCUGUCUGGGACCCUCUAUUGUGAUUCCUGUCAGAGCAGUAGGUGGUGGUACCUGGGCACCAUUCAGUUUUGUGGACUCACUCUGGUGGAGGCUGUAGCACUUGUGGUCUGUUAGUCAUUUGGACUAAUCUUUCCCUUGUGUCUUUGGUUUUCUUUAUUCUCCCUUGCUCCAAUCGGGGUGAGACCAGUGCAGUAUCUUAGAUGGCUACUUAAAAACUUCUAAGACCCCAGAAGUUGCUGACCCAAGAAGAAUGUAGAACAUUUUCUUUAUAUUAUGACAGUGGAGCUAGAUGUUCCCCAAGGCCAUGGUCCCCAUAGCCCUCAGCCCAAUAAUUAGGUCCCUCAGGGAGUUUGGAUGUGUCUAUGGAACUUCCGUGACCUUGCCCUGGACAAGUUAUGCUGAAAGCCAAUUGUUUUAUGGAAAAAUAAAGAUUCAAAAAAAAAACCCUGUAUGCUAAUUUUUGCUGGGAAAAGCUAGGCCCAGCUUAUCUGAAAGACAAAUAUAAAAUGAUUGUAAGUGAGCCUUUUGUUUUUAUAUACAGGAUUUAUUUGGGACUAUGUAAUUUUCUGGCUGAUUUUCUUGUAAUUAAAUCAUUUUGUAAAUGAGAUUUGUUUUCAUGUGUACUUAAAAAAACAUUUUUAGCAUUUGAUCGUAAUUUUUUUCUUACUCAGCUUAUUAUAUCUAAUGAUUUAAGUUGAAUGUUAAGAAAAAUACUACAGUGAUUUCAGUGUGGGGUUGUAUAAAUUGUUAUUUUGUUUAAAUACAAACCAAUGAAGUUGUAUAGAACUGGAUUUACAAUUGCUUCUUUGGGGGUCCCAGAGUAGCAUGGGACUAGCUAUCUACAGGACUAGAGAGUCAAUUGAAAUCAAUCCUUUUUUGAAAAAUUCACCUGCUGGUUUUACAGGGAGAGAAAUGUUUCAUACAAGAUGAACUUGGUCUGUUGGAUAGAUGAAAUUAUACAGAGAUACUAGUUUUUAUUUCUUAUGAACUCUGUAAAAGCAUGAGAAUCUUAAAAUAUAUAUUUUAUGACUUAAAGAGAAAAGCCAUAAUAUAAAAGCUUGUGUUAAAGUUUAUAACAAAAACGUAAGCAGGCAUUUGUGUCUGAGAAAGGAUAUUUGUGUGCAUGAGGUCGUUUGGGCUUCUGAAAUAAGGGGCCAAGUGAUGGAAGAAAGGCCAAGUGAACCGUUCUUACUGCAAUCUAUAAAGCCCACUGAUGUCAUCAUAAAAUUACAACGAAAGAGCUAAGUGAGGAAAACUUUGUGGCAUGUUGGGUAGCAUUUCCUGACAGUGCUGCUCUGUGACCAUGGCAUUUCAAUCUGAUGUCUUAUUUUCAGACACCAUUAUAAUUAAAUUAUACUUGCCCAGAGUCACCUCAGAAGACAGGCCUGGGAACCUGCUUCCGAAAGGUCACAGCCUUGAAAAUCCUAUGGAGCAGAGUUUACUCUGACACAUAUGAGGCUGCCACGAGUCAGAAUUGACUGGCUGGUGACUAAGAACAACAACAUUGAUCAUAUUAUGGGGCUCUGUUAAUGAGAGGGGGAUUUUUCAAAUUUAUUUGAUCUCCUUCCUGAAUGUUUAUGAUUUUUCCUGGAGAACCGGUAAGUGUAUUUUGAUUGUUCUUUGGGAAGAGUGUACAUGGCAAAGGGAAGCUACCCCACUGGCAGGCAAAACAGAAAACAGGCUUGAAAGCUUUGGGAUGGUCACUAUUACCCCUUCAUUUGAUUUAAGGUAGUUUUAAUGAAAAUUAAAGUAGUGAAAAAAAGAGUAAGUUUGAAAAUAUUGACCAUGUGGUUGGGACUGGUUGAGAGCAAUCCAAAAUAACAUUAAAAAUUAUCACCAUCAAGUCUUUAGCAGUAACCAUAGCAGGAGGUUGGGUCUGAAUUUUAUCACAGCAGAACCUCUAGUCCGCUUUAUUCUACCUUGGCUCUUUUCUGCUAAAGUGUCUUCCCACUCCAUCUUUUGUGAUACUUCUUCAAACUUUCAUCUUCAAAUUUGACUUUUUACCCCUAAACAAGAGCUAGAAUCAGACCAAAUUGGUAACGACUUUCUCCAACUUAAUCGUGUUAUAUUUCCAUCUGCUGAAAUGUAAAAACAGUGUUGGUUUUGGUUACUGUCUUGCAGGUUUACAUUUAAGCCUUUCACAAAUAUAUACAUAUCAGGAUGCAAAACUAAACCUUGACAGUGUUAUACAUAGAUUAAAUUUGACCUCUGAAUAAAAGAAAAUUUUAUGUACCAAAAAGCUGUAAGAGUCU